AUGUCCUACAGUUCUUUAGUAAACAAAGUAGCCGUUGUAACAGGGGGGCUUUCAGGGAUCGGUUUAGCCACCUCUAUUAAAUUGCUUCAGAACGGAGUAAAAGUUAUUAUAGGAGAUAUAACUGCUGAAGAACAAGCUAAAGAGAUUUUAAGCCAAAUUAAGGAGAAGUCAGGAAGUCAGAAUGUUAAAUUCUACAGAACAGAUGUUUCCAAUUAUGAAGAUAAUAAGAAAUUAAUCGAUUAUGCUGUUGAACAGUAUAAGGAUCUAAACUUGGUCUUUGCUAAUGCAGGAAUUCUCCGCAUGCACCCAGGAGCAGAAAUUCCUUAUGAAGAGUGGGAAAAGGUUUUGAGAGUUAAUUUAAAUGGAGUUUUCUCAUUGGAUAAAGAAGCUAUCAACUAUUGGCUUAAGAACAAUAAAAAGGGUAACAUAGUUAAUACGGGCUCAGUUGCUUCUUACGUUACGGGAGGAGAUGGUUUGGCACAUUAUUCUGCAUCAAAAGGAGGGGUAAAGCUAUUGACCCAGACUUUAGCAGUUGAAUAUGCAUCUAAAGGUAUCAGGAUCAAUUCGGUUAAUCCAGGAGCUAUUGAAACUGCAAUAAUGGCUGGAGUUCCUGAGAAUUUCAAAGCUGAUCUGAUUGCCAAACAUCCCAUUGGAAGACUUGGUAAACCUGAAGAAAUUGCUAAUGUUGUUGCUUUCUUGUUGUCCGAUGAAGCUUCAUUCGUCGUUGGUGCUUCUUAUAUAGUCGAUGGUGGCUAUACUGCUCAAUAA